AUGGUUUCUCCGAAACUCACCGCAGCUCUGCAGUCGAUUGUGACAAGUCCUGCUGCGUCCAAACAUCAAAAAUACAGUGACGUUCUCGCACAACUGACGAGCGCGCCGUCAACAUCGCCCGAAGCAUACAGCGCAGACUUGAAUGCCUACUUCGACUCAUUGCUCUCCUCUGCUCUCGGGAUCAUUUCUAUUCGGCCUCUUGUGACAACGCUCAUCGACCGUCUCGCAUCAGCUCCGUCGGAGGUCCAGAUCAAGGUUGGGUCACAUGUCACUGAAGCCUUACAGCCCCAAUUAGCAUCUUAUGAAGAGCAGGAUGCAAGAGUCAGAGAGAUAUUAGCAAAAGGAUAUGAAGCAGAGGAAGAAUACACUGCGGCUGCAAAAGCUUUACAAGGUGUUCACCUCGACACCACUCAACGUCAGGUUUCUGAUCGAGCCAAGGUGGAAAUGUGGAUUCGUAUUGUACGAUAUUAUUUGGAAGAUGAUGAUACUGUGGCAGCAGAGACGGCGUUGAACAAGAUCAAGAACUCAGCUGCUGCAGCUCAAGUUUUGAAGGAUGCCCCUGACUUGAGGUUGCACUACCAGUUGUCCCAAGCUCGUAUUUUGGACUCUCGCAGAGAUUUCCUUAACGCAUCAACCGAGUACCUCAAUGUGUCUUUCAACACCAUGAUUGAUGACGAGGAAAAACGACGGGCUUUGUCUGCAGCAAUCAAAACAGCUAUCCUGGCCCCUGCCGGGCCCCAGAGGAGCCGGACUCUUGCCAAGCUGUACAAGGAUGAGAGAUCGCCCGAGACAGAGGAGUACGGCAUUCUCGAGAACAUGUUCUUGGAUCGGUUGUUGUCAGCGACUGAGGUGGAAGCCUUUGCGUCAACAUUGGCCCCUCAUCAGCUCGCCAAAACGGCCGAUGGCAGCACAGUCUUGAGCAAGGCUGUCAUUGAGCAUAACCUGCUUGCUACCAGCCGGCUCUACAACAAUAUCACCACGGCGGCGCUCGCACAGCUACUCGGCCUCAAGAAUGGUAAGGAAGAGACUGCCGCUGAAAAAGCCGAAGAUUACGCCGCCAAAAUGAUGGAGCAGGGUAGGCUGAGGGGCGAAAUUGAUCAAAUAGCUGGCAUCAUCAAUUUCGAAACCGUUCCUGGUGUUGAGCUGAGAGGGCCGUUGCGUGAUCUUCGAGAAUGGGACCAAGGGGUGCAAGGUCUGGUGGAAGACGUGGAGCGAUGCGCCGCAGGAAUUGGUGAGAGUUUCCCGGUAAGACGUGAAACGAUAUGGGCAUUCACUUGGCCGGAACAGUAUGCUGACUGA